AUGGUAACCGAGGAAACAUCCAGAGAUUCAACUACCUUCACGAGCAAAUGUAACGACCUUGAGGCAUUUUCGUUAAAUUACCUACGAAGUCAAAAUAUUUUACAGAUCUCUGAUAAUGAGCAUAUACCAAAACUCUCUCCGUGUAAUCUCUGUAAUAAAUCUAUAUUUAGCUUCCGAUUCGAAGGUACGACAAAAUAUUCAACAUGUCCUACUUGUAAAACUGAUAUUGAGAUUUUAAAGAAAUCGCACUUGCUUCUGUCUAACGUAACCAUAGAGGAUGAUGAAGGUGAAUUGGAGAUUAUACGAAAUAUAGAGUUGAUAGAAGAGGACUCCGUUCCAGCUGAGCAAGUCAGUAAGAAGGAUCAAAUAAUAAUCCCUAUUGCAGAUAAUUCUAUCUCCAUGCAAGAUCAGGCUACAAAUUCCAUUAUAAAUAAAGAUAACAAUGUUUUGCAAGAGAAUUUCAAAAAUCAAACUAAUGAAAAUAAUGAGAGUAAUACCAAUGUAUAUGUUACACAAGAUUCUAUAAAGCAGUUAAAACUCUCCAAUUCUAAGGAUCAGAUCAAUGAUAUGACAAAAACCCGUUCAUCGAGACAAUCAUCUCCAAAAAUUGACUGUGAUCAAGAUAAAUUGGAAGGUUUAUUACAAGAGCUGUUCACAUCAAUCAAAGGAGAGACUAACAAAAAUGAGAAUGAUGAGGGUUCUGAGACUUCAAUAUCGCAGAGUUUAGCCUGA